AUGACCGCCAAGAAGGCCCCUCAGCCCACCGAGAACGACGCGCUCCUCCCUCAGUCAGCGCCCCCGCCCUACGAGGCCACCGCGCCCCUCCCGUCCUCUUCGCACGCCCCAAGCCCCACGCCUCCCCCUCCUCGCGCAGCCUACGGCCCAACCCCCGUCGCCUCGCUCCCUCCUCCCCCGCCAGCACUUUGGCACGCCUCGACCUCGUACAACGGCCACCCGUCCCGCAGCGGCGGCGGGCCUCACGCUCCCGGUCGGCCCUACGCCCGCGCCGACGCGAGGGCGAGGAGGCGCUUCUGCGGCGCAAUCGCGUGCGCGUUCCUCGUCUGGUUCGCCGUCGCCGCCAUCUGUGGCGCCGUGCUCGGCGAGGAGCUCGUGCGCCGCGGCGGAGGAGGCGACGGACGGUAUGCGGUGCGGUGGCGGCGAGGGGAGCGCAGUGGCCGCGAGCCGCUGUGCCUCGAGGUUGCGCGCCGGAUCGUGCUCAAGGAGGGGACGGAGGACGAGUGGGUCCUCGCGGACGACGAGCCGAAACGCCUCGGAUUGAGUGCAUGGCCGUGUGACCCUCGCCUGUCCUUCCCCUCUCCCUCUCCCUCUCCCUCUGCGCUCCUCGUCCUCGCCUCGUACCCCCUACGCUUGUACCACUCCCACCCUCCGUCGCGCACUAGACCCCUCCUCCCCUAAUCAAGGCCCGUCUGUCUGCACCCGGCCUGUCGUUGUACCGCCUCGCUCCCCUUCUCCGUUGUCGCUCACGAGCCUGCAAAGACCUCUCUUUGCUCUC